AUGGGAGACGUUCAGGAAGCAGACCUGGACUCUAUUGUCGACAGGUUGCUGGAGGUCCGGGGCUCGCGACCUGGCAAGGCGGUACACCUGGCAGAGCACGAGAUCCGAUACCUGUGCACCAAGGCCCGCGAGAUUUUUAUUCAACAGCCGAUUCUACUGGAGCUAGAGGCGCCCAUCAAGAUUUGCGGCGAUAUCCACGGACAGUACUACGACCUCUUGCGCCUUUUCGAGUAUGGCGGCUUCCCCCCGGAGGCGAACUACCUUUUUUUGGGUGACUACGUUGACCGUGGUAAGCAGUCGCUGGAAACCAUCUGUUUGCUUUUGGCAUAUAAAAUCAAGUACCCGGAGAACUUUUUCAUUCUGCGAGGAAAUCACGAGUCGGCCAGCGUGAACCGUAUUUACGGGUUUUACGACGAGUGCAAACGCCGCUACAACAUCAAGCUGUGGCGCACCUUCACCGACUGCUUCAACUGCCUGCCGAUUGCAGCUAUCAUCGAUGAAAAAAUUCUAACCAUGCACGGUGGUCUCAGCCCCGACCUCAAGUCCAUGGAGCAAAUCCGCCGCAUCAUGCGCCCUACCGAUAUCCCAGACGUGGGCCUGCUCUGUGACCUGUUAUGGUCUGACCCGGACAAGGACAUUGUGGGCUGGGGAGAAAAUGACCGAGGUAUUUCCUUCACUUUUGGACCAGAUGUAGUCUCCAGAUUCUUAGAUCGCCAUGACUUGGAUCUCAUUUGCCGCGCCCACCAAGUCGUCGAAGACGGCUAUGAGUUCUUUUCCAAACGUCAACUUGUCACCUUAUUCUCUGCACCCAACUACUGUGGUGAAUUCGACAAUGCUGGUGCUAUGAUGAGCGUCGACGAGAGCUUGCUUUGCUCGUUCCAGAUUCUCAAGCCCACCGAGAAGAAAAAGAAACCCCAAGCGUUUGCCCAAAACUCUUCACGGCCAGUGACUCCACCUCGUAAGAAGAAGUAA